ACUUUUGUUUUGAAGAAGGCAAGUAGCCUAGGCUAACCUUAACGUUAUCAACCAUGGAAUCUGAGUGCAAGCGGUCAACCUCUGGUGUGUUUGCUCCCGCCGAAAUAUCCCUGGGUAGAGCUUUGUCUCAGACUCGGUUAAGUUCUCUCGAUCAGUCUGAUGUUUUUAGUUCUCAGACGUCCCUAUGUCGGAGUGCCGCCGGAGGAGUCCGAAGGAGAAAGAUAUCAAGUAGCGCCAGUAUCGACUCCUCGGAGAUGAGUCCAACUGCCGAGGCACGGGUCCUGGUUAUUAACACGGGAGGGACAAUUGGAAUGAUGUUGCAUGAUAACGUGUUAUCUCCAGAACCUAAUGCAUUUGUGAAGUUCCUGAAGACUCUGCCAAUCUUGCAUGAUGAGCAGUAUGCUCAGCAUACCAAAUUGUACGACUACUAUGGACCCACUGAGAACACCUUAGUCCUCCCGCUCUCUAGGCAGAAAAAGAGGAUUGUUGCCACUGUGAUGGAGUAUUGCCCCUUACUUGACUCUUGCAACAUGACUACUGAUGACUGGGCCACCAUUGCAAAAGACAUUGAGAAACACUAUGAGAAGUUUGAUGGCUUUGUGAUCCUGCAUGGCACUGACACUAUGGCCUAUACAGCAUCAGCUCUGUCCUUCAUGUGUGAGAAUUUGGGCAAGCCAGUUAUCCUCACAGGCUCACAGGUUCCCAUAUAUGAGAUGAGAAAUGACGGUAGAGACAACCUGCUGGGAGCACUUUUGAUUGCAGGACACUUUGUUAUCCCAGAGGUUUGUCUAUACUUCCAUCACAAUCUGUACCGAGGAAACCGUGUCACAAAAGUGGAUGCUGGGAGUUUUAACGCUUUUAACUCUCCAAAUCUUGCUCCAUUGGCCACUGAAGAAGUGGACAUAAAAAUCAACUGGGACACUGUCUGGCGGGCCAACACUACAGUCAAGUUCACUGUCAACACUCAGAUGAAUCGCAAUGUCGGCCUCUUGCGUCUGUUUCCUGGCAUUACGGCAGAGACGGUCAGGGCUUUCCUGCAACCACCUAUGGAGGGCAUUGUUCUAGAGACCUAUGGAAGUGGUAAUGCUCCAAACAGUCGCAUUGACUUGUUGUCAGAGUUCCAGAAAGCCACCGAUAGGGGGGUGAUCAUCAUAAAUUGCACCCAGUGCCUCAGGGGUUCUGUGACCACAUCAUAUGCAACAGGAAAGUCCCUUAGUGAUGCCGGUCUGGUGGCUGGUUGUGACAUGACCCCUGAGGCUGCUCUGUCUAAACUAUCGUAUGUGCUGGCUAAGGAUAUUUCUCAACUAGAUAAGAAGAAGAUGUUGAGCCGUAAUCUGCGUGGUGAAAUGAUUGCUGACCUACAUGGAGCCAAGCUUUCUCUUAGAGACAGUCGUUUCAUCCAAGUCAUUGCUAAGUCCCUUAGAAUCAGCUGCAAAGAGGAGCUGGAGGGUAUUCGUGAUGCCCUGAAUCCUAGCUUGGCCUGUGCAGCUGCCAAGAUUGGAGACGUUGAAGCUCUGGAAGCCAUAAGGGAAAUGGGCAGCAGCCUUAGCAUGGCGGACUAUGAUGGCCGCACACCUCUACACAUUGCUUCUUGUGAGGGUCAUCUCAAAGUAGUGCAGUAUCUUCUUGGUCAUGGUGCUACAGUCUAUGCCAAGGAUCGUUAUGGUGAUACGCCAUUACGCAAUGCUAUGCGAUUCAGACAUAAAGAUGUUGUAAAACUUUUGAGGAAAACUGGUGCCCAUCUCUCCCAGAGUGAGCUUGAGGAUGCAGGAACAGAGAUGUGCAGUCUUGCAGCAAGCUCGGAUAUUGAAGGUCUAGAGAUCUGGGCCUUGGCUGGGGUGGAUCUAAGCAUCCCUAGCUAUGAUGGACAGACAGCAUUUGAUGUGGCUCUGUCAGUUGGAAAUCAGGAGGUGAUAUUUUUUUUUCAGCAGACUGAUAAAUUCAGAACUCAGAUGAACCUGCAGCAGAUCGAUGAAGACGAGGUCAUUGAGUUUACUGCCAGAUCUGAGAAGUCGUAAGGACAUUCUCUUCCAUCACCUCCUUCAAAGCACAACUUUCUUUAUCUCACUUCACUUUCCAGUCUGUCAGUUAACUAAGUACUUUCCGUCCAUUCAAGACAGCCUGUAAGUUUCUGUAGUCAUCCACAAUGGAUGAUAUUACAUGACAACGUAAGACUACCAGCAUGUAUCUGAUUAUGAAAAUAUGGCUAUUUGUCACCCACACCUCUAUAUUAUGUAUAUUAAACAGUUAUUUGAAGGGUAGCGAUACACUGUUACAUGUGCAUGUGGCAUAGAAGUUUGUUGAAUGUUAUGUUGUGUUUUCCACUGACUUUUACAAGUUUCAGAAGUGGCAAACUCACACAUAUGUUUCUUCUAAGUGGUCAACCACCAGAUAAUGGUUAAGUGAUUCAUUAGGAUAUUAUUAAGCACAAAAUCAUUUUGAGAAAAUGAGACUUGCUCUAUAGCUUGCUUGUACCCGUCCACUGUGUAUAGCAGUUGUGUGUAAGCAUCUUUGCUGUAGUGUGUCCUUGAUAUCCCAGAAUGCUAUUUUUUAUCAGUAUAAUGACCAUGCUGGUUUCGUAGGAAAGAUUUUUUUUUGUCCUUACAAGCAUAUUAAAUGCUAGCAAUAGUGUCAGCAACCAUCAGCAAUGAAGUAUUAUACUUGUGGUAUUGACUAGUGAAUGGAUUUUGCAAUAACUUUAGACUCAGGUUUUUCAUACAAUCUGCAAAUAUUCAAACUAUAUUGGGGUAUGCUACUUCAAAUCAGUUAACCAAAUUGAGAAAUAUUCAUCACGUUUAUGUGGUCGUCUUUUGUCUCAGAUUAACAAAAAGAAAUGUAACUGUGAAAAGACUUGUUCACCAGUAUGACCUUUUUUU